GUCGAUGCGCACCUUCGUCGUCGUCGUGGUGUUGAGAGAAUUUUCCUUCUCCCCGAUUCUUCUCGAGCGAGCUCUGUCUGCUGGAGUAUCAUCUCCUCUGCUGCUGCUGCUGCUGCGAUGAGCAGACUUCGCGAGGAUCUGGGAUUGAUUACUUUCAUGGCAAUUGUGCUUGCGAUUUGUGGACCCGAGGGUUGGGCGAUUCCAGGGGUGCGUGGGCAACUCCAACCCGAUGGCCGACAGCGCGGCCGGCCGGUUCCUGCGCUGUACAUCUUCGGAGACUCGACUGCUGACAGCGGCAACAACAACGAAAUGUUCACCAUCGCUCGAGCCAAUUUCCCUCCCUACGGUCGCGAUUUCGACACUCGUCACGCGACGGGCAGGUUCAGCAACGGAAGGAUGACUUCCGAUUUCAUCACGGACUUUCUGCGCGUCCCGAUGGUGCCGCCGUAUGUGAGCCUCGAAGCGCAAAUGUACAGCUUCCAAGGGGCCAAUUUUGCUUCGGCGGGAGCUGGAAUCCUGAACCAGACAGGCAACAUCCUGGGUGCGAAGAUAUCGCAGUGGCAGCAAAUCGACCUCUUCUUGGAGAGGCGCAAUUAUCUGAUUCAGAUGAUGGGAAAUGAAGCUGCUGCUCGACAUCUCAGACAUGCGAUUUACUACAUAGCGACCGGAGGCAACGACUACAUCCACAACUGGAUCACCAACGACACGGAUGCCGCGCUGCUGCCGCACGAUCAGUUCAACAGCCUGCUUCUGGCGACCUUCGAGCAACAACUGAAGGUGCUGUACGGCGGCGGGGCGCGCAAGGUCGUGGUGCUCGGGAUCGGGCCCGUGGGAUGUGCGCCUCACUUUCUGUGGCUCAGCAAUACGACCACCGCCGCGUGUAUGGAGACUGUGAAUCAGUACGUGUCCGAGUACAACGAUGGGCUCAGAGCCAUGCUCGCGCGCUUCAAUCAGCAAAACCGUGGAGCUCACUUCGUCUACCGAGACAUUUGGGACAUCGUCUACCGCAUGUCCAAGACUCCUCUUGAGUUCGGAUUUCUGAUCGGAACCACGGCAUGCUGCGGAGUGGGCAAUUACGGGGGCGGGGAUCGGUGCCUGACGCCGCUCAUGGUGUGUCGAAAUCCUCCGGAUUACGUGUGGUGGGAUGAAUACCACCCUUCGCAUCGAGCCAACUUCCUCAUCGCCCGCCAAAUCUGGUCCGGAGUGGACCCUUCCACCACGACCAACACUUCGGCGGCGCCGUCCAACGUUACCUACUCCUUCCUCACCGUUCAGCAGCUCGUCAAUGUCCAACUGGAAUCAGAUUGAUCGGGGCAAGGACUCGAUUCCGACCCGGCUUUUUCCACCUCAGAGUCUGCAGCGAAUUCUUGUCACCCCAUUAGGCACCCUCAGGACGCAUUUGAGCCUGUUCCGAAGAGUUACUGCUUGCCGCAUGGCUACUGAGAACUUUUAGAAGAAUUUAUAAAACCUUAUAAAUUCACCUUUCUAUCUCCGUACAAAACAUUUAGAAUCGGGUGCUUUGCAUUUGCAUGGGGAACUGUAGGUUUGAGAGUUCAGUUGGUGACAAGUUAGUAUUUGAUUGUCCUUACUAGGAGAUGUGAAGUUCACACCAGCUCAUGAUCACAAAUCAGGUAAGAAAACUGUCGUAGGAAUAUCACGUAGAACCUAAGACGUCGAAGCGACAGAAACAUGUGACAAUAUAGCGGGAGACAUGUCGACAGUGACACAGGGCUACCUGUGUGUGCCUGGAAUCAAUGUACUGCAGCUGUGAAAUAUUCAUGUCUCGAGGGAAGAACCC